AUUAAAUUAUCAGUAUUUGGUUGUACUCGACUGUUUUUCUACCACUAUACUAUAAUUGUAUAAUUUAUUAACAACCAUGUAUUUGACAAAAUAAUUUAACAGAGUUAUAUUUUUUACUCAGUUCAACAUUUAAACACAAAUUAAGUUUAAGUUCCUAUUCAUUUUUAUUUUGUUUACACAUUUUUUAACAAUAACUAUGUAUUUAACUGUAAGAACAACAUGUUUAAUUUUAAAUUUAGUUCAGGUAUGGAAUAAUGUUUAUGGCGAAGAUAUACCAGACAAAAAAGACAAGAGAAUUUGGAACGAAACGUGGACGGAUAAGCUUAGAAGAGAUUUAUUGCGAUCUUAUGACCGAAAUUCGAGACCUAUUAUUGGUGAUAACUUAACUAAUGUUACUGUUAGUCCCGUCAUAAAAUAUGUGGAUUUGGAUUAUAAACAGUCGAUAAUAACAAUUAACGCUUGGGUGUCAAUGACGUGGCAGGACGAAAAGCUUCUGUGGAACACAACCGAAUACGGAGGUAUUAAAGCCGUUAAUAUGGCUUACGAUGAGAUAUGGAUGCCCGAUAUUGUGGCAUACAACAGCGCUGACGGAAGUCAUGAAGACAUGUAUGGGAGGACUGGAUGUGUAGUCCGUUCUAACGGCAUGGUUCAUUGGAUACCGCCUGCCAAGUAUAGAGUAUUUUGUGACGUAGAUAUGACUAACUGGCCAUUUGGGGAACACACUUGUUCAUUAAGACUUGGAUCUUGGACUUACGAUGGGAAUUCUAUAAGUAUGCAAAUAAAUGAGAAUAUAAACGCAUUGGAUAUGAUUAGCUUAGAUGGAGGAUGUAAGUGGGAUGUAAUUAAUGUCACCCAAAGACGUAGAGUGGAAAGAUACUCAUGCAAUUCUAAUGAUAUAUACGAAGAUAUACAAUACAGCCUAACUCUGAAGAGAAAGAUACCGGCUUAUCAUAGCGUGGUAGUUGUUCCAGCUUUAGUCGUUGUCUUACUGACGCUCUCAGUCUUUUGGUUGCCUCCAGAAUCAUCUGAGAAGUUCAUGUUCAGUGGCAUUACUUCAAUUAUGAUUUGUAUUCUUCUGAUGACCAUUUCUAGUAGUAUACCAAUCAUGAGUGAUCGAGUGCCUCUCAUAAUAUUAUUCUAUUCUAAUUCUCUUGGUAUGGUCACUCUCUCCAUGGUAUUUUCAGUUUUGUUGCAUAACCUGGCCAGAUCUGAACAGUCCGAUGAUAAAGUGCCUAAAUGUAUUAAACAGCUUUUAAACACCAAGUUUGGAACUGUCAUGCGAUUUACAUCACUAGUGGAUGAUCAAGAAGAAGCACUAUUAGACGACCCAGCUAAAAAUAAAUCGUCGAAGUCUAAAGUGAAAGAAAGCCAAUGGUAUUACUUAGCUAUAAUACUGGAUAGAUCUAUGUUUUUAAUUUACCUGUUUCUGUUCAUAGUUAUGGUGGUAUACUUUUUUAUAUAAAUAUAAUUUUUGUACAAAUUGACAAAUGUCAUGUUUUAUUUGAAAUUAAAUAAUCCAUAGGUCACUAGACAUUUUGUUUAAUGAUAGUUACUAUUACCGUUUAUACGAUUAUAUAUAUUUCUUGUUUUAUUCUUAUAGAAUAUAUUAUUAUGUAAUUUUUUUUUACUGUUAUGAUUUUUUAAAAUGUAUUUAUGCACCUAAAAACUAUAAUAUAAGA